GAUCCAGGUCGGGAUUUUUUUAGUAUUAAAUUUUUUGAUCACAAGUCUGGAGAAUUCCUUAUCAACUUAGUCCCCGCACUCAGUGGAAAAUCACUAAGGUAUGUCAGUCUUUUAGGAGUGUUGUUACCUUUUUAGGACAUUGAAUGUAACCCACUUUAACUGUAGGAGUUACUGUAUGGUGUUUUAUACAUUGUAUAAUGUGUAAGAAGCAGUGCUUCAUUUCUGAAGCCAUGUGUUGAUUGGCUUGUAAGUGAUGUUUGGAACUGUUUUAAACUUAAGCUCAGGCUGACUGUGAGUUUAUUGUAAGACUAAAGAUAAAAAGACAGUGCUAAUGCAUAGACUUAUGGUGUUAGUGAUAAUAUUUAAUUCUGUACAGAUCAGGUUGCAAUGAAAGUCAGUUUUGCAGCUUGCCCUUGGGCAAGCUUUAGCUCACAUGUACCAGCCUAAGAGUUGUUUUAACUAACCCACAUGAAUUCAUUAGGAUUUUAAACAAUUUGUCUGUUUUUAUUACAAUACUUCUGUAAUAUAAAUUUAUUUCCCCCUAAGAAUUUACCGUCCUGUUGGGCAAGUCAAAAGCAGAAUUCACUAGUCUGAUCGCCACUAGCUGUGGGCUAAUUCAACACAACUUUCUUUGCAUGCUGCAAAUGUAGAUUGCCUCCCUGACCAAUAUUUCAGUCUUAAUUUUCUGAAAUGUUAUUUUUCUCUUUCAUCACAGGGAUUCUAUUGAGCCACUUUUUGAGUCACAGAACUUUUCAUUUACAACUCAUUCUGUAUUUCUGGAUUCCUCAAACACUCCUCUGCCACUUGCCUUUGACACCUUCCCGCUGGGUGGAAACGUUCUUCAUGUGAGAGGUAUGACCAACAUUUUAUUUCUCCCUAUACUAACAUUGCACAAUCAAACAUAAAGGUUGUGAUGAAAAAGGAAAUUAUCCUCAAGUAAAUGAGUUCUUGAUUUUAAACAGAUUCUAAUCAUCAGACCAUGAUAAUUAUUGUGUAUAAUUUUUAUACACAUCAUGUCAGCUGAUGAUGAUGACAUUGUUUUUAGAGAGUCUCGAGUUCUGAUAAACCCCAAACUAACUGGUUUACCAAGGGGUGAGACAUUAAGUCUUUUGUUAUUCCUAGACUUUCACCUCAACGGCAACAGAGAAUAAAAAAACAAAUCAAAACAUUAUCGGUCCUUUAAAGCUUUAUAAGAACACAAAUUUUAUUCUUAAAACUGCUGAAUGAACAAUUCACAAAAUACAUGUACUUUCCUUGCAUCAUCUACACCUUUUUUAUCCUUGGCUGCAAUAUUUCUUUUUGGAUGAAUUGAAAAAUCUUCGCUCUUUACGUUGAAAGCUCCAUGUUUGUAUUGUCGUGUUCAUUCAUAAGAGUGAAAACUGGCAGUAUUUUUCCCGCCUUCUGUUACACCACCUUUCAGUAUGGUUUGAUCAUGUGCUGUUGUAUCCUGAAUAGGGUACAAUGGCUAUUAUUGUAUCAUUGUACAAUUGAGAGAAAUUUGAAUUUGGUCAUGGCUGGUACAUGACCAAAAAUCAAUCAACAGCAGUCCCUAUUUAUUUGAGCAAAAGUCUAGGAAAAAAACAGCAGGGUAUCUUAAGAGAGAAGUAUGAAGGACAUGCAUGCUUAACCUUGUAAUACACUUUUCUUUUCUUUAGCUAAUGCAGACAUGAAGGUGGAUCAGAGAAUAAUAGACAUGGUUAGUGUGGAAGAGGGGAUGACGAGACCCAAGAGUUCCUCUUUCUUGCAUCGGUCUGGUUCAUUUACGACAAAGGGUAGCAAGGACAAGGGAGGCACGCUGAAAAAGGUAGAGAAUGAUGACAAAGACAGGGAAAGUGGUAAAGAGGACAAGUUACUUCAACAAUUUAAUAAAAAUGUAAGUAACAUAAUACCUGGUUUAAACCCAAAGUCCUGUCAUUAGUACAUGUAGAUGGACUUUGACUUUCCAGGUGAUUUUAGCCCAGGCCCAACUUGUUCAAACUGCUGGAUAACAUUUUUAUAUUAUUCACUGGAUAAAUCACUAGUCAGCAGAUGAUUAUUAGGGACUCAAUAGAGAUUUAUCCAGUGGAUAGUGUUAUCCCCCUUUUGAGCAACUGGGCCCUGAAUAGGAUUGUUGCUGGCAGUGACUCUAUCACAUUUUGACAAGCCUGCCCCAUGGCUGAAACUAAACCUCUGAUUAAACCUUUCUGCAAGCCAGUGCUGAAAUUCUUGUGUACCAGGAUUUGAGUACCCACUGUGAUUGGCUUGUUAAAAGAAGCCAUUGUUGAUUUGCCAAUCAGGUUGCAGUGAAAUUGGGUACAUUACUGUUUAAAAAAGACAAUGUUCCUAUGCCAUGCCAGGGUAUUCCUUCAAACUUUAUGGCUUUUUGUCAAAAACCUUAAAUCCUUGCUUAUUUUGUUCUUUUACUUGUGGUAAAAUUAGACUCAGCGAGGUAAGAAAAGCAUGGAAGCUCUAUUUGGUAAAGAGUUUGGUGGCAUGCAACCACAGCCAUCAAGUCCAGUUCUACAUGGUGGCAUGUACACAGGAGGAAGUGGGUCUAUGACGAGACCAAAGUCAGCGGGUCGGCUUCAAGGGUUAUUCAACCAACCCAAAUCAAUGAAGGUAUCCCAUACAUUAAAUGUAAACUACAUGCGUUGUUAUAUCAGUUAAUUUCUUUCAAAUCCAAAGUCCAAACCACAAGUCAGUCAGUAUAUGUCCCUCUAUGACAAUAGCAUUUUUAACAUAUUUGUAUUACUUGUGAUCAUUAUUUUUAAGGGAACACUCAAAGAUGCCUUAGAUCGAUACUCCUUGUAUGGUUUGGAAGAAAAUUCAAGCUAUGAUUGUAACUUCAAAAGUGAGAUUGAAGACAUAAUUAAACUGGUAAGUAUUUUGUUUUCUGUCAGAAUCCUUUGAAAGCUAGUUACAGGAGAUAACUUCAAAGCAAUUUUUUUCAUCCUUCUUCUUUUCUUCCAUCAGAUGGCCCUAAAAAGCCCCUUGGAAAUUCUUUUUAGAAGAAUAGAUGCUGCAGAGAAGUUUUUCUUCAGGAAAUAAUAAAUUGUAUACUAAAAUUGUUUUUUGAGCGCUGAAAAUAAUUUUUAGUUCUGGGUUCUGAAAUUUCCAUUUGUUUACCCUGGAAAACUCCUGGAAUUUUAUUUCUUUCUUUCUUAAUGAUAUCAAACCCUGAUAGCAUUAAUAUCUUUGUUAAAUGCAGUUUUAUUAAUUGAAUUGUGUUAUUGUGGUAAAGUUAGAGUUACAAUUACUGGUAUAUGCCAUAGGUACCCACGUAAUAGCUGGUUACUCUCUUAUGUCAGCCCGCCAUAGUGAUUGGUUCACUGGUCUGUGUGACUGUUAACCAUCUCAAUUUUUUUCCAGCAGACUCAAUAAUAUUGUUAAACAGUGCAAAGCUAAAUUAAUGCAUCUUUCUACCCCAAUGCUCUCACUUAAGAGUUCAUGUGCACACUAGAGAAUUAAGAAAUAUGCCUGUCGCUGUUUUUCAUUACUUACAGGAGACAUCAUGGACAGAAGUUGUCAAUGAAGCUCAUAUUAAGGUGAAAUGAAAAAAUGAGGAUUUUCAACAACUUGAAAUAUUUGGUUAGAAGCAGGAGUAUGUGUGUGUUGAAAUAAUUUUUGGUAAGAUUACUGGCACAUGUACUAUGACUUUUUCUUAUUACUCCAUAUUUAUUUUCUCUGUUCAUCAGGCAAUGAGUAAAAAACAGAAAGACCAGCAAGAAGCGAUCUGGGAAUUGUUGUCAACAGAGGCAGCGUACAUUGCUAAACUGCAUGUUAUCAAAAAGGUAUGGUUUAGUGUUUGUGGAGUGUGCCUUCCUUUCUAUUUUAUUUAAAUAUAUUCUUGUGUUGCUCUUCUAGUCCUGUUGACACAGCUAAGAAAGGUGAAUAUAGUAUUAAUAGAAAGAUAGAAGCUGCCAGUGUCUCUUCAAAUAACAAGCACUUGAGACGAACCAUAUGAUAUCAUGCUGAUCACUAGCCUUCAAAACCUUUUCAUGAUGAUACACAGUUUAAAUCGAGGUUUCGCUGUACGCAACCCUUAAGUUCAAAAUAUACCAUAAUCAUAGUUAUCUAUCGCAAGAACCAUCCACCCUUUCUCCUCAACUGCUACCUGUACGCCUAGCGAACAUAUGAAACACCCUCUCCUAACCUCCGAUUACUCCUAGUAUUGUAUCAUAAUUUGUUAUUUCUGGAGGGAAAUUUGUACGUACCAAUUUUUUUUUGUUGACAGCUUUUUGUGCAGUGCCUCCGAAAUUUGCAGGGUGAAGGAUUUUUAACUGAGGUAUGACCAUUUUUCAAUUUUUUUCAUGACUUCUAAUAUGAAAAAGUGAUGUUGGUGAGUGGUUUUUUUGCUUUCGCUAAGUGCCAACGAAAGAAAAAGAAUUUACCUACAUCACCGGUUUUAGUUCCAAUGUUUAUAAAACCAUUUUAGCUGCUGAGCCGAGAAUUUCCACUACAGGCACUCCUCGUUCCUACAUUUCUGCCAUGCUCUUGGCCUUAAAAUCGCUCUUAUUCUUCUGCUUAGACAUUUUUGAACCUUAAACUUGUCGAGUUUCAAACAGCGAAAGGGAAAUAACAUUUAUAGGUUAGCACGAACUUGAAAUAGCGAGUUGUAGUUUGUACAAGUACAGUAGUGUGGCAUAGAACAUUGUCCGAACUUUGGCGGUUCGUUUGUUUACAACAAAUAUUAUCAAAAGUCACAUGAAACUACGUGUGAAAUCUAACGCCACUAAAAUCCCCAGGGAAUCUACACCUUACAUUACACUUUUCACAGCACAAUCAAGAAUUUUUCUGCCUGCUGCAAUACUUCGCGUGGCAAUAAGCUGGCCGCCUCGCAUGCCGACAGUCUUCGCUCGGCUUGCUUGUUGGCAAUAAACAAGUAUCAGAAAUCAACUGCCUGCAUAACAAUAAUAAUAUUGUUAUACAGACUGUUGAUUUCUGAUACUUAGAAGUGGGGUACUGCUCGUUGUAAUUUUUACACUAUGAUCCACUUUUUUGUUCAGAUUGAAGGUUCCAAGCUUUUUAGUAACGUGGAGGACAUUUAUACGGUUAAUUUAGCAUUUUGGAUGGCUAAUCUCAGCGGAAUAGUGGAAAAUGUAAGUAACCUCUACUUUUCAUCCUUGCUAAAUGUUGCAACAAAAAACUGAUGAAAACAUGACCUCAUAGUAUAUGGUUCUUACAAAUUAACCUGGGUAGCUGGCAGUAUAGUUAUGCACAUGGUACUUUCUUGGUAUCAAAUCAGCAAGGGAAAACUUCCUCCCAAUCUUCAUGCCAUUCCACCACCAAAAAUCAACAGCUUUCUCCUUCUUAUCCUGGCUGCUACACAGGUUAUUGUGACUUACAAAGCAUGUAGAGAUGUACAUUUCAGUGGCUGAAAUAUACACGUACUUCACGUAUCCUUUAACUUGGUAUACAAAAAUAGGGAAGACGUGGUUUUGGUGUCAUAUUGAUUUUCUUUUUGUGAAAAAAAAACAAACAAACAAACAAAUAAGAAAAGAACAAGAGCCAAAAAAGUGUUUAUUGAUGUAAGUGAAGGUCACAUGUAAAAGAUAGGAUUUUCUGCUUCCUUAGUAAUAAUAAUAAUAAUAGUAAUAAUAAUAAUGUACUCCCUUUUUUUUUGCACAGGCGCGGCAAACCAAGGAUCCCCUCAAUCCAUUAGACAUGGAACAAGGAUUUAACAUGGUAAGCAUUAAUAUUAGAUGUAUUGCUCUAUUAGUGGGCUUUGCUCUUGCAUUUUGUUCAUAUUGAGUAAGUAGUUAAGAAAUAAUCCAGCCACUUCAAAGUGCUACUAAUUUUCCUGCACAGCAAACUAACACCAUGGCCUGUUGAAGGUCAGCAGCACUGAAGUAGUCAACAUGUUACAAUACUUAACAUAGUGAAAUGAAACCAUUUUACACUUAACCUCACAUGAUGAAUAUGAUUUUUCAUUGUACUGUCACAAACUAUCUAUAUUGACUGACCCAUUUGGAGCUGGAUGUGUCACUCAAAACUUGCACACCCUAGCAAUUUUGCCCUCCUUCCCCCCCCCCCCCCCCCCAAACACCUUUUUUUUCAUUUUUGCCAAAAUUUUAACCCUGCUUGGGGGGGGGGGGGAAAGCUUGUUCCCCCCCAUUAUUUGGGCCCUUUUUGGUUGCGGGCACAGUAAAGAGUCCCUUUUUUUUUAAACACAAAAACUUAUUUUAAAACAAACCUUUUAUACUCUACCCCCAAAAUAUAAAUUUUUUUUUUUUUUUUUCUUGCAACAAACUUAUAAAUUGUGCGCCCCCUUUGGAGGUGGGGUGUUCCCCCAACCCCCCCCCACCCCACCAAUUUUUCCCCCCCCCCCCCCCCCCCCCCCAAGACACAUUUCUUUCAAUUUUGCUCAAAAUUUAACACUGCUUGGGGGGCGGGGGGGAAGACUUGUGACCUCCAUUAGUUUGGACUGUCUUUGAUGCAGGCCACAUAUAAGUGUCCUUUGUUAUUAAGACAGAAAACUUAAUUUUUUCAUUGGAUGUUGUUUGUAGUUUGAGUCGCACUUUGACCCUUACAUCCAAUACUGCAUGGAGGAAGCCAACUGUUUGAAGUACUUCAAGGAAAAACUUAUGGAAAGUGAAGAAUUUAGAACCUACAUCUCAGUAAGUAGUUAUCAUGGUAUUUUUCAUUUUCAUUUCAUUUUUUCUUAAUCUUCUAAGCCCCAUGGUUAGUGAUGAUUUUAUGUUAAUGUAUGUCAUACUAUUUAAAUUGGGGUCCGGGGAAAUUUAUUUGGCUAUUUUAAUUGUGCUUUUCCUUCCUAACAGAUUUUUACUUUCUGCUGUUGGUCCCACAUAUACGUUAACUUUGUUACAAUCUUAUUUUUUAGUGGUGUGAAGAUCACCCAUAUUGCACCGACCGGCUCAAGUUAAACGAUUUCCUGGUGAAGCCCAUGCAGAGAGUUACAAAAUAUCCUCUGCUUGUGAGAGCGAUUUACAACAAAACU